GCGAAGGAGGACAGUCCCGAGAAGGAGAGAGAAGAACUCAAGACGAAGUUGACACAACUAUGAAAACUCAAGGAAGAACGCGAUCGGGCUCGGAUGAAGAGGAAGGUACUGGAAGAAGAGAUGAGGUGGGAGAUGGAACAGACGCGGCAGGAAUUGGAAUUCGAGGAAGACCAGCUCGCACCAUCAUCAUCUGCAAGGCCUCCUAGGAAGCGGGUGGAACAGACGCGGCAGGAUUUGGAAUUCGAGGAAGACCGGCUCGCACCAUCAUCUUCUGCAAGGCCUCCUAGGAAGCGAAGCCUCGUGACUCCGCGAACCCCCUCUCGAUCUCGCCGCGCCAAGCAGCCGCAGUCCGGGAUCCGCAUCGAAGAACCAUCUACUCCGAGGACGCCUGUGACACGGUCACGUGCAAAGAAGAACCUUAUCAUUGACAACGAGUCUCUGAUCGAUGGUUGGAGGGACAUUACAAAGAAGGACACGAACACGAAUGUCGUGGACUUAUGCAUGAGCAUGCGAGGAUACCUUCGAACCAGACCGAUGAGCGAGCUACAAUGCCUCUGUGACGAAGAGAGCAUUACCUACGUAACACGGGAAAAAGAUACCAAGGCACCCAUUUCCGCUAAGAUGCAAGAAGCCAUGCUGCGCACGAAUGUCCGAUCUGACGAGGAGGAGGAGCAGGAGGUGAAACCGGGACGUAAUCUGGAUAUCGACGAUAACUGAACUGGUUCCCCCGAACGACUUCGGACAAUGUGGGACUCAUUGGUAGCCUUUAGGAAAACGAGAGGAAGGGAUCGAUCUGUGGACAAGGUAGUUGAUACUGCACUAAGGAUGAUUAUCGUUCUCCUUACGAUGCACGGAGCACUGCCUUGGACCGAAAAAUUCAGGGAUAUGUGAAGCGUGGAGGGUUUGGACUGGGAGAAUCCGGAGCGUUGCGUUUAUGCUCUGGUCUCGGCAAAUUGUAG